GAUUGUUCAUAAUAAUUGGUAGUUUUGAAGAGAUUAUCGAGUGUUUUGUAAUUUAUCUUCUAACUUCUUAAAGCUAAAUCAUAUCAAUUAUUAUUUACAUCUUGUAUACCAAAAGCCGUUAUCCUCUAUUAUUUAAGAUAAAAUGUCACACACAAUACUGUUGGUUCAGCCAGGACCUAGGCCUGAAACCAGAACAUAUUCAGAUUAUGAAAGCGUAAACGACUGCAUGGAAGGUGUUUGUAAAAUUUAUGAAGAACACCUGAAGCGGCGAAAUCCAAACACGCCAACUAUUACGUAUGACAUAUCGCAACUAUUUGACUUCAUUGAUCAGCUAGCAGAUUUAAGUUGCCUUGUAUGCCAGAAGUCCACCAACACCUAUGCUCCCUACAACAAGGACUGGAUAAAGGAGAAGAUCUAUAUCUUACUACGUCAAGCGGCAGGACAGACGGAUUGAUUCAGUUUAUGUUCAGUUUUGUAUCUUUCUAAUUAAAUAUAAGAUUGUAACUUGUGCUAAAGGUUGAGGCCAAUCUUAUUGCUAUGUUGUACCAGAGAUGGAGUUUAUUUAACAUUUUUUUUUAAUUCUAACAGUUUCAGGCCAUAAUAAAAAUAAAAUUAAUUGCCAUGUCGGAGUGAAGUCUUACAAUUACCUUGUCACUAAGCAGUGCUUGUGCAGAAAAUCUAUUCUUGCUUCUUCAGGUGGCUUUGCACCCUCCAUUAAUAGCUUGAUUGAAUUUUUAUAUCCACUCGGCAAUAGGCUCAUCAAAUGCAAAUUGCAAUACUUUCAAAUUACAAUUGUGUUUUUACAUAAGUAAUACCACAGUUGUUACACCUCAAAUUUUUAUGCUAUAGGGGCUAGUAAAAAGAUCGUAAAUUAACAGAACUAUGACAUUUUUAAAUUUUCAUAAAUCCGGUCUAUUAUUGUGGACAUUAAAAUUCAUGAAUUUGUGUAUUAAUGUAAUCUGAUGGAGAUAGAGUAGCUCGGGUCUAUGUAACGGUGGGUGGAGGUUGCGUGAUCAAGUUUGUCGAUGGAUUUAUGAAUAGUAUUGUGAAUUUUAAAAGCGCACAAAAUUACAGUUGUCAUAUAUUUGGUACAUUAUUUGGAUUAUAUGUUGAAAUUCUUUUUCUCAUAAAUGUAUUCAGUAAUGGUUAACAAAUAAACUAAAAAAUAAAAUAAAAAGUUUUUUUGAUUAUUUUAAAAUAACGAUGAAUACUAAAAUAUACUAAAUAGUUUUAUAAUACAGGUGUCCCAUAUAGAAUGCACCAACGAUAUGAUGAUAGACCUAUUGGUUUUAAAUAUUAGUAUAAUAUUAAUUAACAUUUCGUUGGUUCACCACCCCCUAUGGGACAGCCUCACUAUACACUGCCAUAGUAUCUCUGGAACGUGAAGCUUCCUCUCACUUCCCCCUCCGCCCUCGCAAUCACCCUGCUGCGUCAGUACAGUUUGCAGUUUCAUAACCGUUAGGUACAUGUCAUGAUAUUUUCGUGCUUUCUUUUUGAAGUUUUUAUUGUUACGUUUUGACUAUUGUUGUUAAUAGUUCUGUGGUUUCUGUUGUUCUCCGUCGCUAUAAUAGCUAUGUCAGAUUUUUUUUUUAAUUCUUUAUUAUAAUAAUUAGCAUCACAACACUUAGAAUCAACGAAUAAUACAGAAAAAAAAUUGUAGUUUAUUUAUUAUAGUGUGCGCUAGUCACCGCCUGAGGUAUGUGAGCGGCAGGGCGGGGGAGGUAGACAAACGUCAAUCUAACUCAUUCUGCCGUCGACCAUAUAUAUCGUGUGCGUCUUGUCAAUGUGCCCUCCCCCGUCUCACCCCCCCCCCCCCCAUAGAAUGGUGACUAGCGCUUCCGCGCGCACUAUAGUAAUAAUAUCCUAGAUAUGCUUGUUUUGCACACCGUACAAAAGCGACGAUGUGACGUCAUCGACGUCAGGUCUAGAGAUAAUGUAACCGGGUAAGAAUUUGUAGUAGUUUAGCGAAAUACCCAAUAAUAGAUAUUACAACUUGAGUUGGCAUAAGUAGAAUUUUAAUUGUUUUCAGUAAUUCUGAGUUUUAGUUAUUAAAAAAUAAUAAUAAUAUUGACAUUAUUUAAAAGCAGUCAUUCAAAUAUUGCCAAAGGUCCAAGUCAAUAACAGUACCAACUAUGUAUCUUUAAUAGUGAAAUUACAGGGCAAAUGAGAUUUAACAUCCUACGUCUCAAGGUGACGAGCGCAAUUGUGGUGCCGAUCAGAAUUUUUGGUAUUUUCAAUAAUCCUGAGCGGCACAGCAUUGUAAUGGGUAGGGUGUAUCAAUUACCAUCAGCUUUACGUCAUGCUCGUCUCGUCCCUUAUUGUCAUAAAAAAAAUCUUAUAUAGUAUUAAGUCUCUUUUCAUUGUGUGUCUGUUAUCCACUAAUUCCCCCUAAUCCACCCAACAACGUAUUUUGAUGCGAUUGCACCAUUAGAUAAUUUUUAUGUAAGGUUGAUAACAUUACAAAACUUAAUUCAGUUUUUGUCUAAGUAGAAAAAAAGAAUUGUAAUUAAAGUCCCAAAGAAGACUCCGUCAUGGCAGAUAGAUAUCUGUUACGUUUAGGGUUGCCAGGCGAUAAUUUGAUUAAGGAGGACAGAUGGGGAGGUGAUGUGGAAGGACGAGAGGACAAAUCAUGGGAAAGGAGUACGUGUCCUCCUUUUGGAUUCCACCUGGCAACCCUAUUUACGAUUGCCUCACAGUGACCCUUUAUUCAAACUUAAACUACAAAAGUGUGGUAUAUGCGGCACUUAUUUCACUGACUCACUUAUUCAGUAUUAAUCCUUAUCUAAAUAAAUACAAUAAAAUUCUUGGACAUAUGUAUUUUUUGUUAUCAUACAGUCUAUCAUUUUAUUGAAUAGGCACCUACUUAAAAGAUGUCAUAGAUUAAAACAACUCAGACAUUCAAUGUUGAAGUUUUUUACCUCAAGUUUAACAUAUGAAGCUGGGGCUGUCUAUAAAUAGUGUUAAUAAUGUAUUAUGUGUCCCAAGUUAUAUUGCAUUGUAAUGGGCUGGGUGUAUACUACUACUUUGCUAAAAGAUGUAUAAUAACCUUGUGUUAUGAAAGUUAUAUUUCUUUUCAUAUCCCUUUACCGGCCGGUUAAUGAAUAUGGAAUAUUAUAAACUUUGAUUGGCCUCAACCUUUUUGAUCCAAAUCUAAAAGUGCAACAACGAUGUGUAUUUUCUUUAAUAUACCUACAUCACUAUUAUUAUAUCUAGAUAAAAAUAUAGUUAUCAAUUUUUUGCAAUGCUAUGGUAAAUCAUCGAUCUUAUAACCGUCAGAGACUUGAAGAGCGAACGCAUUCAUAUUAGGCAUGGAAAUGACUAAAACUUUUAAUUCAUUUUCACUGGAUGGAAUUACAAAAAAAAAUACAAUUUCAUGUAAAGAAACAAACAUGAUAUCGGCAAUAAAUUAUUCCAAGAAAAUAAUACUUUACGGUACUAAGCUUAAUUGAUCUCUAAUGUUAUGCAAGGGAUAGUACUAUCACGCCACACUGUUGGUGCUACGCUCUUCGUAGCCGUACACUUAAAGGCAAUAAAUCACAAUAAUUCAUGCUUUAGUACUACGAAGCCGCACGGGUGCUGCUAAACUCUGCAUAGCCGUACACUUAACAGCAAAAAAUCACGAUAAUAUGGUUUGUUCUUUGUACUAUAUGCUUUAGUACUAUCACGCCGCACGGGUGGCGCUACGUUAUUCGUAGCCGUAUAUACAUAGUAUGGUUUGUUUGUACCGCAUGCUCUAGCACUAUUCGUUGCUACUCGCUAGCUUCUACUUGAGUUGAUGUUAUUGAAAUAUAAACCUACGUACGAUGCGAUUUCAUUGACUGACACAUUUCACAUACCGAAUGAUGAGGGGUAGCGGAUGCGACUCAUGAAAAUGCAUUUCAUAUGGAAUUCCUCAUACUAAUUGUGAAAUGUUACAUGUCUAAUUCGUAUAUCGCAUUAGAAAAAAUAGAAACAAUAUAAAUACACUGAAGCCAAUAGCGAUUUUUUACGAUAUGUUGUAAUCGUUACCUGACCAAUGAGCGUUCAGUAUUUGCCUGCGCCCCACCUCAGGCGGUUGACUGUAUUGUUUACAUUGCGUAAUUAAUAUUAGGAGUCUACUAUGUUAUAAGGUUGAAGAGAUGAAUACUGUUAAGCGUCGCUUAGAUAACUUUGAUUUAUACUGUAAUAAAAAAUGAUGUUUUUGAGCCUAUUUUGACGGUAUAAUGUGCUGUCAGCUUUAUUACAGCACUCUCCAAGAUUAAUGUGUUUGUAAUUACUAUUAUGAGUAAAGAAAAUUAUAUUGUCACAUUUAAAUUUACUGCAAAUGUGCCUUUGUUUUAUCCAACGUCAGCCAAAAUUAUUUGAGGGCUUUAUUCAUCUUUGCACACCGUACAUACCAUACAUAACCACAGUAUAAAAAUCCUGUACAGUAGUGAAACUAAUGUACUUGCGUAGAGCAACGAACGGGUACUCGAAGCGAACCACAAACACAGCUGUACAGUUUGUGGUAUUUUAAACCUAAAAGAUAUUAUCUCAUGUGGGUAAAAAAAUGUGUCAUAUCAUUUUGACAGUGUUUGCCAUAGUUAUACAAUUUACCAAGACCACUACCUCCGACAAGUUGGCUUUGAUGAAAAUUAGUGUACAACAAGUGUAGUGUGAGCAAGAAACUCAUUGUAACUGUUUUAAAUCAAUAUUUAGAAAUAGAAAAAUCUUUAUUAGCAAUAAUUUACAGCUUCAUCAUACUACUAUCAAACACCGACGAGUAAAAAAAGAAGGACUCCGCGCCGUGAUAUUAGCAAGUGAAGCACCGUUAUGCUAGUGUGUGUGCGGUUACGGGGGAUACUAGUUACACAAUUUUUUCUCCCUUAAAUAAUCAUAUAUGGCCACAAAUACUUAUAACGUAUCGUUUUAACACUUUUUCACAACGCACGACGGCAUUUUUAAAAUAUUUUAUUGAAAAGCAAACUGAUCUGUCACAGACGAUGACAAUUCUCAUAAUAGCCGCCUAUCGGCCUGUAGUAGUGUAAGUGUGUGCGUGGGGCUAUUUAUGUAAAUACGUGUAAACGUUAAUCGGAUUGUUUUGGUGCUACACUGUUUUGUAAGGUGACACGGAGUCCUUAUUUUUUUACUAGUCCGUGCAAUCAAAUAUUUUUAAUACACUCUAUGCAAGGUGAUGGAAUAAAACGCUAAAAUUUAAUUACUUUAUUUUUCUUUGAACGUUAGUGAAAAAAUUAGUAAAUCGUAAGAACUUCAAGAGAUAUUGGGUACAGUGGAUGUAUCUUAGUGUUAAUUCCGCCAAUAUUUGUUUUAAAAACAAUUCGACACGUCCUGAGGAUGCCUCGUGUAGAGGCAAAACACAUUGUUUUAAAAACAAAUAUUGGCGGAAUUAACACUAAAGAAAACUUAAAUCAUUUGUAUAAUUAUGGAUUUCCGCAAAGUAACGCCUACUUCAAUAAAGUAAAUAAAUUGGCGAGAGCCAAAUAAAUAGUUGAAAAAACAUGCGUUAUGUAUAUGCACGAAUUGUAGUUUAAAGGAAAGAGGAGAUGAUCAAAAAGGAAUUCAUUUUGACAAAACAACAAUUAAAUAUUAUAUUUGAUAGAAAAAUCUGAUUUAUUCUUUAAUUUCUCAAUACACUUUACGACGAUAAGUAUGUUUUGUUUUGCAGCUUAAAGAAAAAAGCGCAUAUUUUUAAAACUGGGAAGACGAAAAUUUCAUUAAACAAUCGUAAAGUACAAAUUAUUGAAUCUUAUUACAUUUAAAUCUUAUAAGAUUGUUUUUUUUUCUUGUGUUUUCAACACACAAUUGUCUUGUAAGAAAUAGGUUUGUUUUAGACAUAAGCAAUAUCAGUUUAAGAAUAUAUUAUUAUAUAAG